AUGCGCUCUCUCGCUGUACUACCACUUGUCCUCCUCGGCGCCACCUCCGUGGUUGCCGAUCAAAGCUUCCAAGAAUACUUGGAAGAAACAUUCCCAAGCUGCAUAGUCGGCUGUGCAACUGGAACCCUUAACAACGUUACCGAGUGCAGCAAGGAUGCCACGUCCAGCAAUAACCGGGAGGAUAUUGAUUGUGUCUGCAAUACGCUGCGCGAGGCCGACCGUUCUGUCGUCCGACAGUUUGUGGAGGAUCUUUCGGGCUGUGUAUUUGACUCGGACUGCAGCGAGGACGAUUUGGAAAAGAUCAGUGAUGUCGAGGCAGAAAACAUCCAAGACAGCGUGUGCCAGAGUGACAGCGCUAGCGAAGGCAGUGGCGAGGACAACGGCGCCACUCUCCUCUCUGCCGGCUCGACCUUCCUCCUCACUGCCGGUGCUGCGGGUAUUUUUGCUUUCCUCUGA